CGGGGCGUCCGCAAGUGGCGGAUUUUUCCAUUUCUCACUUUAAUUUUAAGCACAACUUCUACAAGAAGAGUUUGUUCAGCAGCUCUACAUGAAGUGAAGAGAAAAAAAUACAUUCAGAAAAGAUUGUAAAUUGUACACUCUGUAUGUCACAUAAUAAGAAUCUAAAGAUGAAACACGCACUUUAUGAGGCUGCUGGAGCCAACAUCAUGGAGAAAAGUCGUGUUGUCUGUGCAGAAUCCAAGGUGUUUGACCAUAAAACCUCUCCACUGAAAGAGUUGACCCCCAUCAAACCCCUGAAUCCACCUGAAAGUGUGACGACGGUGCUCUUCCUUCCGUGUAAUGACACCAGAGUCGGCAACAAAGAAAAUGGCACAAAUUGGGAACUUGACAGAACACUGGAUGAACACCUCGAGGACAGUGGCUACCUGUCUCUGCGCAACAGCCAGACUGACCUCCAAGGGGAAGAAGAGGAUGAGCACAACCACAGGCGACUGUCGUUUGCUUUACCGCUGUCUGAUGCUGCUACGCCGCAAGAGAAGUCACCAAGGAGGUCCCAGAAGAAGAGGUCCAGCCUUGCCAUUGUUGCACCAUCCACUCCCACAACUUGUCUAGGGGGGAGAACUUUGAAACCCUCGCAGUCCUCCACUCCCUCGUCACAUCACGAUGACUCAAACCUGCCCAUGCUGAAGUUUGAACAGAUUGUUUGUAAGGAACUUGCUAAAAGCUUCCAAAAGAACAAAAGAUAUGACUGGAGCAUUGUUUCAAAGCUGGCAGAGGAUUUUCAUUUGGAGCGUGUGAUUGGACGCCAGAUGGGCCUGGAGUACAUAGACAUGUUUUCGUCUCUGCUCUCAAUGAACAUGAGACACAUCCUGACCCGCGUUCUGGCUCUCCUAGGAGACAUGGAUCUCAUCAGCUGCAAGAAAGUGAGCAGAACAUGGCGGAAGAUCAUCUGUGAAGACAGAGCAGCUCUGAGGAGGUGUGAGCAGGCUGAGCAGGCACUCGCGGAGUCGGGUAGCACGCGGAGGCCGGCGGGUUGUACACUGACGAGAGAUGUGGCCGUGUCGAGGGUCGUGCUAUCAAGCAUGCAGACCCUGGCCUCCACGAGCAAGUCAACAUCAUCUUCGUCCGCACCCUCAUCAUCGUCCAUCGUGAGCUGCAGGGUCAACAGACGAGCCACUUCCUCACAAAAAAGCAACACGCCGAACGCCCCGAAUUCACGCUUUGAUCAGUUUGUGCAGGUCGCCGGUACGCUGAAGAGGGGCCAAUCCCUACGUCGCUGCAGACGUUGCGGUUCACCCGCUAUAGAGUUGCCAGUGGUUCAGAGGGCCACGUGCACACGCCAGAGCUGUUUGUUUGACUUCUGCACAUGCUGUCAGGAAGCUUUCCAUGGUUCGUCCCCGUGCAGAGUGGUGCAGCCACGCUCACAUUUCCACACUGUGAAAACAGACUCAAUCAUACCAGGAAGCGCACACAGCAGGAGGAACAUCAGGCGCUUGUGAGGGAGGAGUGUUUGAUUGCACUCAGUGAUGGUUUUUAAAAUAUGGACAGCAGAGACUCCUCUGGAAAAGGUUUAAUUUGGGUAAUAUUUUAACUGUUACCUGCUGUUGCACAAAUGGACCAAACACCUUAGAAUCACU